GCCUUGGAUAAAGGCGUCUGCUAAAUAAACUAAUAAUAAUAAUUAUUUGUGCAACUUGUCCCUUUUUUCCCUGCAUUCAUUUUUCAAUGCGAGCGCCACUAACGUCAAAAAAUGGAUAAUAGACAAGUAUAUUUCUGCAAAUAAAGCCUUUGAUGUUAAAAUAAAACAACUUCCCUGGUAACUAUCUGAUCUGCGGUAGUGGUGCUGCAGUGCUGCGUGCAGUACGGAUAGCCGUGGAUACAGACAGGAUGCGCAAUCCAACACAAGACCACACCAAUCGAGCGAACAUUGGAUUUAAAUCGCAGGAAAACAAAAGGCUCGAGCGCAGAGCUGACUCCGUAACAGACGAAGAAAUGCUGGGAGCUCCUAAACUGCCCAUCACGGUCAAAGCUGAGAUCGACCUUGUUCUGGUGACCGUCACCGCAAUGGGGCUGGCAACCAGGUUAUGGGGGAUAACCUACCCUGCAGCUGUCGUGUUUGAUGAAGUUUAUUAUGGACAGUUUACAUCGCUUUAUAUGAAAAAUAUAUUCUUCAUUGAUGACAGCGGUCCACCAUUGGGGCAUAUGAUUCUGGCGUUCGGAGCGUUUCUCGGAGGGUUUGAUGGAAACUUUGUUUGGAACAGAAUUGGGGCAGAGUACCCUUGCAGUGUUCCUGUGUGGAGCCUGCGCUUGCUACCCGCCCUGGCUGGCGCUCUCUCUGUGCCCCUGGCCUAUCAGAUAGUGGUGGAGCUUGGGUACUCCCACCUCGCUGCCCUGGGAGCUGCACUCCUUGUCUUGUGCGAGAACUCCCUCGUUGCUCAGUCCCGGUUCAUGCUGCUGGAAUCUCUGCUCAUAUUUUUUCUCCUGCUGGCAGUUCUUUCUUACCUGAAGUUUCACAACCACCACAAACGGAGUGCACAUUUCUCCCCCAGCUGGUGGUUCUGGUUGCUUCUGACAGGGGUGGCCUGCGCCUGUGCUGUCGGUGUGAAGUACAUGGGCCUGUUUACCUAUUUCCUCCUGCUGUGCGUUGCUGGGGCACAUGCAUGGCAAGUGAUUGGCGACCCAAAGCUAUCCAAUACGGCAGUGUUGUACCAUGUAGUAGCGAGGGGGGCUGUGCUGGUAGCCCUCCCUGUGGUUCUCUACUUGGGCUUCUUCUGCCUGCAUCUGAAGCUGCUGUACCGCACGGGACCCCACGACCAGGUCAUGACCAGUGCCUUCCAGGCCAGCUUAGAGGGCGGGCUGGCUCGAAUCACUCAGGGGCAGCCUCUGGAGGUGUCCUAUGGAUCCCAGAUCACCCUGCGCAAUGUGCUGAGCCAACCGGUCCCCUGCUGGCUUCACUCGCACAAGGGCAACUACCCCAUCAGGUAUGGGGAUGGCAGAGGAAGCUCCCACCAGCAGCAGGUCACCUGCUACCCCUUUAAAGACGUCAACAACUGGUGGAUUGUAAAAGACCCUGGGCGGCGGGAGCUGGUGGUGAGUAACCCUCCACGACCGGUCCGACACGGAGACACCGUGCAGCUAGUACACGGCAUGACCGCACGCUUCCUCAACACGCAUGACGUGGCUGCCCCAAUGAGUCCCCACACACAGGAAGUGUCCUGCUACAUUGACUACAACAUCUCCAUGCCAGCACAGGACCUCUGGAGGGUGGAAGUUGUGAACCGCGAGAGCGAGCGGGAGGUUUGGAAGACAAUCCUGUCCGAAGUCCGACUGGUGCACAUCAACACCACUGCAGUGCUAAAGCUCAGCGGAGCCUCCUUGCCGGACUGGGGAUUUCGCCAGCUGGAGGUCGUGGCGGACAAGAUGGCAAGGGGAUACCACCAGAGCAUGGCGUGGAACGUGGAGGAACACAGAUAUGGGAAAAGUCACGAACAGAAAGAGAGAGAGGUGGAGCUGCACUCCCCGUCGCAGAUCCACGUCGGCAGAAACCUCAGCUUCAUGGCCAAGUUUGCGGAGUUACAGUGGAAGAUGCUGACGCUGAAGAAUGAAGACUCGGAACACAAGUAUAGCUCCUCCCCCUUGGAAUGGAUCACCAUGGAUACCAACAUUGCUUAUUGGCUCCACCCCACUAGCAACGCUCAGAUACAUCUCAUUGGGAACAUCGUUAUCUGGUCCUCUGCCAAUGUCAGUCUCUGUGUUUACGCUGCCCUCUUCCUCUGGUACCUGCUGAGGCGACGUCGGAGAAUGAAAGACAUCCCUGAAGACUCCUGGUCUCAGUGGGUGCUGGUGGGGGCUGUCUGCGUUGGUGGCUGGGCUGUCAACUACCUGCCCUUCUUCAUGAUGGAGAAAACCCUGUUCCUGUACCACUACCUGCCUGCGCUAACCUUCGAAAUCCUCCUCCCUCCCGUAGUGCUGCAGCACGUGCACGACCACAUCCUCAGGUUUCCGGCGCACAGACAUGCAUUCAGUGCCCUGGUCCUGGCUUGGCUCUCUUCGGUUUACCUGGUGUACCGCAGCUUCAGUCCUCUCACCUACGGGCAGCCCACCCUGUCUGCAGCCGAGCUGGGGUCCCUGCGCUGGAAGGAUACCUGGGACAUCCUCGUACGCAAGCGCUAGCCAGCUCCUCACUGGACAGGGGCGGUCACGUUUCACACUGUGUGCAGGCUCCCGGAGGAACAUGGAAAGCAGGACGUAAUGGAGCAGGCAGCUAGAAUCUACAGUUAGCAUCAGCUGGCACUGAUGUACUAUUCCGUCCAUCGGGUAUGACUCACUCUUUCAGUGUUGGUUUUGGGUUAAAGUUUGUUAUCAUGCAAAUGUAUCUCAAUCUUGUAUUGUUAAGGGAUCUAUAAAUGAGAUAGCAAUCCAGCUUCCUGGGUGCAUACAACUUUGCUCCAAGCUGUACAGGGUCUGGAUGCUGGCGAGUUAUACAGAUUACAAACACAAAUGAACAUGACCCCUACUUUGUAAGUUAAGGAAGCUAGUGUCUUUUUUUUCCCCUUUCUUUUGGUAUUGCAUAACUCUAGAGCCAGGCCCCUCACUACUGUAUGGGUAAAGGAUUUGCUGUGGGAGGAUGGGUAUUAACUAUAUUAAAAAGUACACUCCAAAGCUGUUGACGUGUGGACAAGCAGAAAUAAUGUUAGUUUAUUAAAAUGUAAAACUGUGAAAGAAGAGAACGAGUGAUGUUUUUAUUGAACCUGAAACCCUUUUAAAAAUGGGAGAUGUCCUACAAUGGAUUUUUUUUUGUAUUAUUAAUUGCAUUUGAUUCUGCUGCUAAUGAGCAGUCAAUAGAAAUUCAGUGCUUUUUUCUUUUCUUUUUUAAUCUGCCUUUAUCCAGUGAUGCACAGUACAUGUUAAAUCGACUUCACGCAGCCCUAUUGAAUUGUGAGCAGUUCUGUUACUCUACCUUCACACUGGAAAAACCUUCCGAUGUAUUUUCAGUUUAACAGUCCAGCCACAUUGGAGCAAAUCAUUUAAAAGCUUUAAAACCAAAAUAAAAAGUCUAAUUCAAUCAGUUAAAAAAAUUAGAAAAAGAGAAAAUGGUUGUAAAUCGUUGACCAUUGAUGGUUACAUUGCAACAUGUACAUUUAAACAGAUUCACAUUGGUGAGACAAGUAUAGCUGCGGGCUAAGAAAAAUGCCCCAACAGUUUUAAUUAAUGUUCUUAUUUUGAGUAAGAAAGAUAUUAACAAGCAGCUACCUAUCAAAGUGCAAACAGUUAUUCUAUAAAAUGAGACUUGAACAUACUAUUCAGGACUGGGAGACUUGCAAACAAUUUCGGGUGCCAAGACUAAAGGCAUGCCCUACAUACAAUUUAAAAAAAAAAACUAAACUGAAGUAAUACUGAUGCACCUGCAUUCAUUUCAACAGUAAACA